AAUAAAUAAAUAAAAUCUCGUUUGGUCUACUUUUCCCAAGUUCCCAAAUACGCAGGGGAGUAAUAUUUCUCUCUCCUCGUUCCGGUGUUACUGUAUCAGAGAAUGGCUUCUUCCGCCCUCUCAAGGCUUGUCAACCUUCAAAGACACUUUCAGCUUACGGGCUCAAACCGAAAGGGCGGUAACGACGAUGUGGGCAUUGGCCAGGUAAAGUUAUCAGCUGAUGUUUCUGAAGCUUUAUCACAUGGAAGGGCAGUUGUUGCGCUUGAAUCCACCAUAAUAUCACAUGGAAUGCCUUAUCCUCAAAAUUUGGAAACAGCCAAGGAGGUGGAGGCAAUUGUGAGGGAGAAUGGAGCUGUCCCUGCAACAGUUGCUAUUUUAGAUGGUGUACCAUGCGUAGGUUUGAGUGCAGAAGAACUUGAGAGGCUGGCUAUAAUGGGAACCAAAGCUCGAAAGACAGCUCGCAGGGACAUCACAUAUGUUGUGGCAACCAGAGCGAAUGGUGCCACAACUGUUUCUGCCACUAUGAUUUUCGCUUCUAUGGUUGGCAUCCAUGUAUUUGUCACUGGGGGUAUUGGUGGAGUGCAUAGACAUGGAGAGAAUACAAUGGAUAUAUCAUCUGAUCUUACAGAACUUGGAAGGACUCCUAUAGCAGUAAUCUCUGCUGGCGUAAAAUCGAUAUUAGAUAUUCCCAGAACCCUCGAAUAUUUGGAAACUCAAGGAGUUUGUGUGGCUGCUUAUCAGACCGAUGAAUUUCCAGCAUUCUUCACUGAAACAAGUGGCUGUAAGGCAUCUUGCCGGAUAGACACACCAGAAGACUCUGCUCGAUUAAUAGUUGCAAACAUGAAGCUCAAGCUCGGAACUGGUAUUUUGAUAGCAGUGCCAAUUCCAAAAGAACAUUCUGCUUCAGGCAGUUUGAUCGAGUCUGCAAUACAGAAAGCCCUCAAUGAAGCUAGGGACAAGGGUAUAACAGGCAAUGCCGAAACUCCAUUCUUGCUUGCUAGAGUGAAUGAACUAACUGGUGGAGCUUCUUUGUCUUCAAACAUUGCUCUUGUGAAAAACAAUGCGCUUGUUGGUGCCAAGAUCGCUGUUAGUCUUGCUCAGAUGGGAGAAGAUGAUCGCCAUGGUGAUACCAAUUCAAAGUCAUAGGCAAUGGAAUUGGUACGCGUUGAAUCACUUAUAUGAGAAGUAAGAACCUUUUCUUUUGUUUUCUUCUCUGUUAGUGUGAUUUAGAAAACGUAGAAACAUAAAGAAAGUGUGUUUCAGAAGCCAACUUAGGAGAAUUUUGUAUGUCACUAGACGCUGUUAAACUGGCAUGCAAGCUGGUUGGUUUAUUUCUUUGUUUCAAGGUUUUGCUUCUAGUCCCUCGGUGGAGUUGAUAACCUCUUGUAAGCUAGUAAUCGGAUUAUUGCCGGUAAAUUAUACAUAAUGUCGUAUGUUGACUUAUCCUUUUUUGCUACUAUAUACACACUUUGGCAUGUUGACUCUA